CUAUCGGUUAUACAAUCAAGGGCAGGAGACCUCGCCUUUCCCAUCGAUGAAAAUGAAAUAUAAUUUGUCUCGGAUAAGCAGCAGUAGCCGGCGCUCCACGCGCAAGCAUGCAACUUUAAAAGCCCAUUCAGAUGGCACAGCGCGAGGCGACGGCGGUUCUCUGCAGGCACACCCGCUCUGCCUCCCUCGCGCGCCCCCCUCCUCUGUAAUUCACCGUCCUUUUUUAACGGUAGAGAAUAUGCGAUUUGUCAUUCUAAGGCGCUAAUCUUCGCCGUCCGGACAGAGGGUGAAGGAGGGCUCUGCGCUACUUGCUCUUGAACCUGAUCUCUUGCUGCUACAUCGCCGCGAGCGCUGAAAGUCUGUCGCUUCCCGGUGGGAUUACCUUUCUCCUGCUAUGUGCGGGGAAUCUAGAUAUCCGCGUGCUGCAUCCGCCACUCCAGAGCCCUCCGAGCACCUUGACGCCGAGCAGUGAGCGAGAAUGAUAGCCGUCUCUUUUAAGUGCCGAUGUCAGAUACUGCGGAGAGUGAAUAAAGAUGAGGGGCCUUACACGAAGCACUCUAACUCCUCCAGACCUGCAGAGGGAGCUCUGGCCAUCAGGAGACAGAGUAUCCCAGAGGAGUUUAAGGGCUGCAGCGUGGUAGAGCUGAUGAAGAAGGAGGGCACCACCCUGGGGCUCACCGUCUCCGGCGGCAUCGACAAGGACGGCAAGCCCCGCGUGUCCAACCUGCGCCAGGGGGGCAUCGCUGCCAGGAGUGAUCGGCUGAAUGUAGGAGACUACAUCCACUCGGUUAACGGGAUCAAUCUGACUAAGUUCCGUCACGAUGAGAUCAUCAGCCUGCUGAAGAACGUGGGCGAGCGGGUGGUGCUGGAGGUGGAGUACGAGCUGCCGCCUGUCUCGGUUCAGGGGUCGGGGGUGGUGUUUAAGACAGUGGAGGUCACGUUGCAUAAAGAGGGAAACACGUUUGGAUUUGUCAUCAGAGGAGGUGCCCAUGAGGACAGGAACAAGUCGCGUCCCAUAGUCAUAACGACCGUCAGGCCCGGAGGCCCAGCUGACAGGGAAGGCACAGUAAAAGCGGGGGAUCGUUUGCUGAGUAUUGAUGGCAUCCGGCUGCAGGGGACGUCCCACUCUGAAGCCAUGAGCAUCCUCAAACAGUGCGGUCAGGAAGCCAUGCUGCUCAUCGAGUACGACGUGUCCAUCAUGGAUUCCAUUGCCACCGCCUCUGGCCCCCUGCUGGUAGAGGUGGCCAAGUCGCUGGGCUCCAGCCUUGGAGUGGCACUAUCUACCUCUAUGUACUGCAACAAGCAAGUGAUCAUCAUCGACAAGGUCAAGCCCGCCAGCAUAGCUGACAGGUGCGGGGCUCUGCAUGCUGGUGACCACAUCCUGUCGGUGGAUGGCACCAGCAUGGAGUUCUGCUCCCUGGCAGAGGCCACCCAGCUGCUGGCCAGCGCCUGUGAGCAUGUCAAGAUGGAGAUCCUGCCUCACCAGCAGACCCGGCUGGCCCUCAAGGGCCCUGAGCAAGUCAAGGUGCAGCGCAGCGCCAGGACUCUUCCCUGGGAGACCUGCGGCAGCAGCAGCAGCAGCAACUUCCCCCCCUACCAGCAUUAUAACACCUACCACCCCGACCAGUCCCGGACCCAACCCUCCAAACACAACAAAUCCUCUCCAAACAGCCUUCCUCUGGGCUCGCCCUUCUCCCCUACCUCUAUGAGUGCCUACAGCCUGAGCUCCCUCACCAUGGGCGCGCUGCCCCGAAACGUGUACCCGACCAGCCCCCGCGGAACCAUGCUGAGGAGGAAGCUGAAGAAGAAGGACUUCAAGAGCUCCUUGUCUCUGGCCUCCAGCACCCUGGGGCUGACGGGGCAGGUGGUCCACACAGAGACCACUGAGGUGAUGCUCAUCAGCGACUCCAUCACGGGCUUCGGGAUCCAGCUGCAGGGGGGCGUGUUCGCCACUGAGACGCUCUCCUCCCCCCCCCUCAUCGCCUACAUGGACCCAGACAGCCCGGCGGAGAGGUGCGGCAUCCUGCAGAUCGGAGACCGGAUCCUGGCCAUCAACGGCAUCCCCACGGAGGACAGCACUCUGGAGGAGACCAAUCAGCUGCUGCGUGACUCCAGCAUCACCAACAAGGUUACCCUGGAGAUCGAGUUUGACGUGGCAGAGUCCGUCAUCCCCAGCAGCGGCACUUUCCAUGUGAAGCUCCCCAAGAAGCCUGGAGUUGAGCUGGGAAUCACCAUCAGCUCUCCAUCCAGCAGGAAACCCGGGGAUGCCCUCAUUAUCUCUGACAUAAAGAAGGGGAGUGUGGCUCACAGGACGGGGACUCUAGAGCUGGGAGAUAAGCUGCUGGCCAUAGAUAACAUCCGGCUGGAGAACUGCUCCAUGGAGGACGCGGUGCAGAUCCUGCAGCAGUGCGAGGACCUGGUCAAGCUCAAGAUCCGCAAGGACGAGGACAACUCAGACGAGCAGGAGAGCUCGGGCGCCAUCAUUUACACAGUGGAGCUGAAGCGCUAUGGUGGCCCGCUGGGCAUCACCAUCUCCGGCACGGAGGAGCCCUUCGACCCCAUCAUCAUCUCCAGCCUGACCAAGGGCGGCCUGGCUGAGAGGACCGGAGCCAUCCACGUCGGGGACCGGAUCCUGGCCAUCAACAGCAGCAGCCUGAAGGGCAAGCCGCUCAGCGAGGCCAUCCACCUGCUGCAGAUGGCGGGAGAGUCCGUCACGCUCAAGAUCAAGAAGCAGGGCGAGCUGGGCAGCCCCAGGCAGCCGCCGGUGUCGGGGAGGCUGAGUGAGCUCAGCGAUGUGGAGGACCCAUCGCAGGUGGUGCAAAAGAGUGGGAAACUGUCCGACGUCUUCUCCACCACCAUCCCCAGCGUGGACAGCGCCGUGGAGUCCUGGGACGGCUCGGCCAUCGACACCGUGGCCAGCAGCCAGGUCCCGGGGUACCAGGCUUCGGGGUACAGCUUCCACAGCCAUGAGUGGAGGAGCGCCAAGCCAAGGGGGAGCCUGUCGCCUGGCAACAGCCACCAGAGGAGGAACAACGUGCUGCAGGACCUGGGCCUGAGCGACGACGAAUGGGAGCGGCCCACCGCCAGCGGGUUCACUGUGGGCCAUGAGGGCGCAGAACCCGACCAGGAAGAAAACUUCUGGUCCCAGGCCCUGGAGGAUCUGGAGACCUGCGGCCAAUCUGGAAUCCUGAGAGAGCUGGAGGCCACCAUCAUGUCGGGCAGCAGCCUGAGUCUGAACCAGGACUCCGCCCCCCCGCGCACGCAGCUGGGCUCGGGGUUGAACCGGCAGGCCAGCUUUCAGGAGCGCGGCAGCUCCCGCCCCCACUACCCCCCCGCCUGCCGCAGCAACACGCUGCCCUGCGACGCCGGCCGCAAGGCCUUCGCCGUGAGGAAGAUGAAGCAGGAGAUGAAGGACAUCCUCCUGCCCACACCCGUGGAGCUUCACAAGGUGGCGCUGUUUAAAGAGCUGGAUGAGGAGGACUUCGGGUUCAGUGUAUCGGAUGGGCUCCUGGAGAAGGGCGUGUACGUCAACAACAUCCGCCCCGAUGGCCCAGCUGAGCUGGGCGGCCUCAAGCCCUACGACAGACUGCUACAGAUCAACCACGUCCGGACCCGGGACUUCGACUGCUGCCUGGUGGUCCCCCUGAUUGCUGAGUCGGGGAACAAACUAGACCUGGUGAUCAGCAGGAACCCCCUGGCCUCCCGGACCCCUGCAGAACCGGGCCAGCAGCCCGGUGAGGAGCAGGCAGACUGGACCCAACCGGAACACCCGCCACAGCCACCGCCGGCCGGCCAGCACAACUCCCGGCUGCCAGGGGAGGGCGCCAGAGAGCCCACCAAGACCUUAUAGCACAGCCCCCGCGGAGCCCGAGAGAGAGACGCAGGCCGGUCCUCAUGGUGCUAAUUACGGAAAGGGAAAGAAACAGCCGAGGGAGGGCUCUCUCUGGCGCGUGGGACACAGCCUGCAGCAGUGCCAUCCCCUGCUCUCUCCCCUGCUCCAACCCUAACCUCUCACACUGUAGCACAAGGACUGGGACACUGACAGGGGCACGUACCAUACAGGUGGAACACGGGCUGCACCCUCCCCAUUCCCCCCCCCCCCCACCCCCCCCCCGGUGUCUUGGGGAGUUUCUGUGGCUACAGCAGCAUUCAUACCCUGAAUUUGUUAUUGAUGGAGUUCUCCUUUUUCCAGACAAACUUAAAACAAAAGAAAAAAAGAUGUUGUAAAUAAAAUCCUCACAAAUUCCCCUGCCCACCACCGCCACCAUCCUCCUCCAAGUGAUUUGUUCAAACAAAAAAGAAAGAAAAUAAAUAAUGCAUUUUCACCCGUCUUCCGAAGAAAGGAGGAGGAAUUUUGGGACCACCCCUGCAACCAUGGUAACAGUUCCGCAUAUGGGAACCGGGCCUGUGAAGCAAAGGGCCCCCAAAUUCUCCCUCCGUCCGCGCAUCCUGCGCUAGCCACUCUGCUAGUCACACCGCUAGCCAAACCGCUAGUCACACCGCUAGCCUCACUGCUAGCCAAACCGCUAGCCACACCGCUAGUCACACCACUAGCCACACAGCUAGCCACUCCGCUAGUCACACCACUAGCUGCACCGCUAGCCUCACUGCUAGUCACACCGCUAGCCAAACCGCUAGCCACACCGCUAGCCAAACCGCUAGCCACACCGCUAGCCGCACCACUAGUCACACCGCUAGCCAUACCGCUAGUCACACCACUAGCCACAGCGCUAGCCUCACCACUAGUCACACCGCUAGCCAGGAGCAGGAGCAGCUCAGUGCAUGAGACCGGUUUCUACCUGGAAAGUGUGCUCAUAAUGUCUGCACAGGUGAGCUCGUCUGCCUGCAUUUAAAGACAAAAUGGCAGAACACUGGGUAAUGCUACAGCGUGCGAUCUUAUGAAGCCCAUUUGGUUCCUGUGCAGAGACUGAUUUCCACGCUGAAAACGACCCAAAGCUGCUGACGGUCUCAACACAGGCAGACGUCACACACCGGGGUGGAACUGUUGCACCUUAACGCUGAAUUAGGAUAGAGGUCUAUUUUUUAAUGAAAUGACAGAUGAUUUAUACAAUGACAAAAUGAAAAGAAUUAUUUAUGCAGUGUGAGAAACAGGCAGUGUGGUGAGCCUUGGGAGGAUUUAGAGCUGUUCCAGUGUCUGGCCCCAAAAUCACUUAACCAAAAAAAUACUGAAUGAAUAUGAGCAGACCCAUGGCUCAUGGGGGCAAUAAGGGCAGAUGGAGGCACUACAAGUCCCAGCAUGCACUGCAAUAAAGAGUUCUGUACACUGAGAGCAGGCUGAACUGAGCACAGGUUUAGGGAUGGGGAGAGUGCCUAACCCUAACCCCCCACCUCUCCCCUAGGAGAGCCACAGGGUGCACUGGUUUUAGCUUUCACCCGAAAACCAAGCACUCCAGUGGCAUGCUGAAGGACAGGAGGCCCAGCCACAUGCCUGUCUGUAAUAAGACUCCGUCACAGGUGGAGCAGCAUCUUCCCAGGGCAUGAGCUCCAGGGGUUAACAGGACAUGCAUGUAAUGUUUCAAUCCCCUUUCACCCCAUAGUCUCCCCUAAAUGUUUUGUAAACAUGACUUUUUGUACACGUCUGACAUUUGUAGUCCUUUCAGAAUGAAUUGUGGUUUUCCCGAUCAAAUUCCCGAGACAUAUAUAGAUAUAUAAACACUUAAAAGUACAUUAAAAAAUUAUCCAACCACUCAGUAACAAAUAACAACAAAGCAAACAAAAGCCAAGCAUGAGGUAAUCCAUAAAAAAGCCACAGAGUUGAAACUUUCUAUUUUAUAUUCCUCCAAUAUGAUAAUCUGUGUGAAACACGUUAUUAAAAUAUGUUUUUAUAUGCUUCCUUGUGUCUCUACAGUGGACAGUGAGAGACUGCGCAAACAUGAUUAUUUGUACAAUGGCACUUGUGUGUUAUCAAGGUCGGGUGAUUUGCCGUAAUGUCAGUGUAUAUUUAAUUUUAUUUUUACACCAUGGUGGGGGGGGGCCUCAUUCGGCAAACUCUCCUCUGAUGAUUUCCUAAUGACUGAGGGAGUCACAGGUUUGGAGCAGGACGUGUUGCUGCAACAGCAGCCGUUUGAUGCUAGCGUAUUGAUACAUAUUUCUGAGUUCUGAGCCCUGUGGCCAUAAUCCUUAUUAAAAUCAUAAAUCCCCUCCAUAUUUACACAAACAGUGCACAGACACUCCUAAGCCGUAGUCUCGAAUAACUCCCAUUCAAUCGCCUUUUUAAAAAUAAUAGUAAUUCAGUGGGCCAGGAACUGUGUUCUGACUUCACUCUGGCUUCUUCUCCCACACUCCACACAGACACCUACCUUAUGUGCUGAUCUGUAUAUCGUGCACCGUCCUACAUUCUGAGUUCCUGCUCCAAACUUCUGCUCAUUUUUCUGUUUGUUUGUUUGGUCACCAUGUUUAAGCACUGCCAAUGAACUUUAGCCACUCACGUGUAUGAAUUGACUUCACAUAUAAGUCCCUUAAAAUACUGUAUUUUUUAUUUCUAAAUGAACAAGUAUUAUAAUCUGUAAAGUAUUUUUGUACAAAUUUAAUACUUUGGUAGCAUGAUAUUUAUGGUGUAUGUAAAGAUUUGGGAAUUCCUACUGCUGUAAACCUUUGUAUGGAUAAGACCCUGAGCCAAUAAAAGAUGUUAAUCACGCGAA